GCCAUCUGCUGUGAAGUGCUGUAUGGGAACUGUCUAGCUCAUUGCUAAAUUAACUUUCGUGAUAAACAUUUUAUUGAAAACUUGUAAAUAGUAAAACCUACAACCAUGCUUGUCUCACGCCCGAUUGUGUCCAGGUUAUUCCAACAAUCAGUGCGCCGCUACCACAACGAGCACUUCAAGGCGCCCACGAUGGACGAGCUGCCGGUGCCGCGCGGCUCGUGGCAGACGCAGCACGACGCCAACCAGCGCCGCUACAACCUCGCGCUCCUCUUCGGCGUCGCCUUCACGGCCGGCACAUUGGUUAUUGCCAAGGCUUCUGGACUGGUGUACCUGAACUACUCGCCUCCCAAGUCCCUGGAUUAAGUUAUUGUUGCUGUGAAUGGAACAGAUCAAUUGUGUUCAGUUUUUGUAAAAAUAAUCAUGGAAUACAGUAUAACUGAUAUUUACAAAAACUAACAUGACAUUGACAAGUGAUAGUUAAAAAUAAUCAAUAUUAUAGUUCCA